UAUAGCACAGACUGCAUGUGCCAUCUCUCUCUCUCUCUCUCUCUCUCUCUCUCUCUCUGCUUCGGAUGGAUUUAUCAUCGAAAAGCCACUUUCAUCGCCUGCUAACAUCUGCGUCUUCGCUCCAUCAGGCGUUUAAAAACCCACAGAGGCUGAUUACUGCCCGGAGGCGGCGGCUGAGCUGAACAACUUCACAAAAUACACAUUUGAUGAUAUUACAAUACUGACCAAGGAUGGGCGAUACGAUAUGGAGAAAACAAAUAUCUCGAUACUUGAAGAUGCUUUUCAGAGUAAACAAUAUGUAUCAUCAUAUUUAGAGGUCGAAGUGAACUGCAGUGCCAUAAGAUGAAAAACUAGAAGUCUAAUUAUUUUUUAAAAAUGGUAUUAAAUUGGUAUAGAAUAGCAAUCUACUUGUUACUGUAAGUAAUAAUGGAGUUAGUCAGUGUUAUUAAAAAGUCACGAUACUCACGAUAUCUCAGAAAAAAAACAUACUGCCCUCAUUUCAACAUGCAUUGGCCGGGUCUGGAUAAGAGAUUAAAAGGCUAAAACCUUUUUUAAAAAGUGAUAAAAUGAUGUGAUUGAACAGUAUAAAUCUGCAAAAGUGAGAAUCUGCAAAAACAGGAUGUUUAUCUGAAAUGGCUUUUUUUUAAUCAAAUUGUGAAUGUUGUACCCAGAGAGUAGGAAGAGAUGAACAGAAACCUGAGUACAUGUAAAGAAAAUUAAAAAUGUACACAUAUUUUUUAUUUAAGUCGUGUCCUGUCGUGAAAUGGGAGCAGAAUAUGUGUGUGUGUUUCUCUGUUUUUUCGCUGAUUUUGUGUCUGCCAUGUUAGCUUGUGCCUCAGUUCCUGCGGUGUAAAAGCGAGCGUGUGGCUCGGCCCGGACUCUGACGUACCACAGAACUGAUUUGGGCAAAAAAUAAAAGCUGUAGCUGUCACUAAACUGUAUAUUUGUAUUGCGGAGUACGCUUGUGUGUUCUGAGCUCGGUCAUGGGGGGGUAAGGAUGAGGAUGAGGAUGAAGAUGAGGCCUCGACGUUCUUGUAUUUAUUGAAACCGAUAUUAGCCUGUAAAGCACUUUUUCCCCUUGUCCCGUUGUCUGUUUUGUAAAAUUGAAAUAAAUAAAAUGAAUAAAUGACAUUAAACAUGGUCUUCAAGUGUUGCUUGAGUGUAAAUUGUAUCGAUACGGAGUGCACACUAAAAGACGAAUGAUCAAACAGAGAGAGAUGGACGAUCCGGAGCUCAUCAAGCUCUCAGACACUGAUUUACUACGAGCUAAAUUAAAACCAGCU